GUAAGAUGGAGCAGCUGAUCCGAGAGAUGCAACAUCCGGAAACAGGGGUUCCAGUGAGGAGCCAGAAACUGUUCCUCACAUCCAUUCCAUGUGCCUUUAUGGGAUACGAUCUUGUGGAGUGGUUGAUGGACAGACUUGACAUCGAAGAUAUAGUGGAGGCCAUCCACCUAGCUAACCUACUUUGUCAACAUGGUUACUUCUUUCCUGUUAAUGACACAAAGUUUGCGCUGAAAGACGACAGCACCCUCUACAGGUUUCAG